UCUAUGGAAUAAUCAACAGAAACUUUCUGAUAAUUUAGUGAAAUUUCACAUUUCGAUAGAAAAUAUAAUAAUAACUUUGAAUAAUUUUAUAACAUUUCACAGAUUAAUCUGAACUGUCGAAGUUUGACCAUUGAUUGAUAAUAUUGAAAACGUAAUAACAUUUUCUAAAUUAAAUACGAUUCAUAGUACAGUAAUAUCUAGUCGAGAAAUUUUAGAAAUGAUGAAAUAUGUAAGUACUAUUUAUAAAGAAGAAGAAAUCCCAAAAUUCAAUAAUAUUUUAACGUAUUAUCUCUUUCUGAGCUCACAAGUACCUUUUCCAAAUCUAAAAUAAUUUUUGCUACCCAUGUUCCAAUCCUAAAACCUAUGAAUUUUUCCAUUUAUAUCCUAUAAUCCAAAAUCAUACAAUAUUUAUCCCUCCUCAAUCUUACUUGGCCAGGAGUCAAGAAGUUAAUUUUAUUAAAGAAGAAUGUCCGGCAUUAGAAGAGAAAUAUUAUUGUAGAGAAACUUUAAGUUAAAAGUCAAUUGUACUAUUGAAUUGUUAAACGGACGCUCUGUUGAAAAUUGUGUUGUUAUUGAAAUUAACCUCCAAGAAACUAUACUGGAACAAGUGACAAAUAACGAACUUUUAGUAAUUCCAAACUCAGAAACUGAAGUGAUUUCUAAAUUUAUUUCGGACCGUUAUUUUAAAAUAAGUUAUUCAUCAAUUAUAAAAAUUCCAAAGAACUGUAGUAUUCAAAUAGAAAGUGAAAUCUUCUCAACUAACAUACAAAUCAAAAAAGGAAAAUCGAUAAUAUUACCGAAAUUAAACUUCAGAUUUCUAAAUAAUCAAAUUUAUAAAUCUCCAAAUUUAACCAACAUAGAUUUUGACAAAUUAUACGAAAUAAAUAAAAUCUCUAGAAAUAUAAAACCAAUUCAUGAAAUUUAUAAUCCGCAAAGCCAUGUAUCAUUUGGACUAUUUUUACUAUAAUAAUAAUAAUUUGUGUAAUUUUAAUAACAUUAUGGUUAAUUCGUAAAUAUAAAAGUAAAUUUGUAAGAAAACAGAAAUUUGAAGAAAAGAAGAAAGAAAACAUCGAAUUAGAAGAAAGAAGACAACAAGAUUUGAAAAAUACCUCCGUCAUUUUUCAUUCUUAGGGAUGGAGGAGUUACAUGGAGAAAAUUCUAGAACGACAUUUAUAUAAAACGCAAUUGUAUUAAAUAUCAUAAAUACAAAUAUUUGUAAACAACUUGGUAAUGAAUAUAUGUUCUUGUUCUUGAAUAUAUAGUUCAUUCAAUGAAUAUCAGUUAGUUCGCUUGUGAGAUUAAUUGUAUUCAUUCAAGUAUUGUAAAAUAAAUUUUUAAAAAUAAUUUUCGAAAACCGAAAAUUAUAAUUCGCUACCCCGAAAUUUAUAAAGAAGAAGUCAAAACACAAAUAAACAAAAUGCUGGAUCAAGGUAUUAUCCAACCUUCCAAUUCUCCCUACUCAUCUCCUAUUUGGAUCGUUCCAAAGAAAGCAGAUAAAUCAAACAAAAAGAAAUUUCGUUUAGUAAUAGAUUACCGAAAAUUAAAUGAAAAAACCAUCUCUGAUCAAUACCGUUUACCAAACAUUAAAGAAAUACUAGACAAAUUAGGCAAAAAUCAAUAUUUCAGUACCCUAUACUUAGCUAGUGGAUUCUACCAAAUUCAAAUGCAUGAAGAGGACAUUCCGAAGACAGCAUUUUUAACUCAAAAUGGACAUUGGGAAUUUAAACGUAUGCCAAUGGGACUACUUUCAUCUCCUUCUACAUUACAAAGAGUUAUGGACAACAUUUUACGAGGUUUAAACAACGAAAUAUGUUUAGUAUACUUAGAUGACAUUGUAAUCUACAUGCUUGCAAGAACACGUAGAAGGACUGAAAACAGUAUUUGACCGCUUACGACAAUCAAAUUUCAAAAUCCAACUAGAUAAAUCUGAUUUUCUUAGGAAAGAAGUCGCUUACUUAGGGCAUAUCAUUACACCAGAUGGAGUAAAGCCAAAUCCCGAGAAAGUAAGUGCAAUAAAAAAUUACCCAAUACCAAGAACUCAAAAAGAAAUCAAAAUCUUUUUAGGACUAUUAGGAUAUUAUUGAAGCUACAUUAAAGAUUUUGCUAAAAUAACUAAACCGUUAACUUUAUGUCUGAAAAAGAAUGCUAACGUCAAAUACGAUCAAAAUUUUAUCUCAGCUUUCAACACUUGUAAAAAUCUAUUAAUUAUAUACCUAUACUUCAGUACCCAGACUUUUUCAAACCCUUUGUUUUGACGACUGACGCUUCAAAUGUUACACUAGGUACAGUAUUAUCUCAAGGUCCAAUUGGUUUAGAGAGACCAAUUGCAUACGCUUCGAGAACACUAAAUAACAAAAAUAUAGCACUAUCGAGAGAGAAUUACUUGCCUUAAUGUGGGCUUGUAAAUAUUUUACACCAUAUCUCUACGGCAAGCGAUUUAAAAUAUAUUAUGAUCGUCCUUUAAUUUGGCUAUUCAAUCUUAGAGAACCGAAUUCAAAAUUGAUUCGCUGGAGAUUACGUUUAGAAGAAUUUGACUAUGAAAUAAUUUAUAAAAAAGGUACAUUCUAAUUGCGAUGCACUUUCUAGAGUAGUUAUUAAUGCACUAGAAAACGAUUCAAUGAUUAAUAAUCCUGUCGAAAUGACAGAUCCUCAUGAAUUAGACCAAUUUUUGAAUGACCUUUUAGACGAACAACUAGAUGACAACAUAACAGAUGCCAAUUUGCAUACAGCUGACACAAUUGACACCGAUUCAAAUACACAACACGCCACUUUUAAUGAAACAACAAAUGACGGUAUACGAAUAUAUGUCGAAAUAAUUAAUAAUGAAGUCAAUUAAACUAUAGUAACACCACAUCCAUAUCAUAAACUAUUAGUUGAGCAGGAAACCUUGAAAAUCAUAAAAUAAUAAAUGUUAAAAUUCCGACUCAAAACAAUGAAAAUUUUAUACUCGAAUUUUUAAAGGACUACAUAAUUACGAAACGUUGUUACUGCAUGUAAUUUCACAAUGAUUCUCUUUAUAAUGAUUUUAAUAAAAUUUAUUUAGAACACUUUUCGGUAAAAGAUCCAAAGUUAAUAGAUGCUUAAAACAUGUAAAUACAAUCAAGGAAAAAGAAGAACAAAUAAUGUUAAUAAAACAUCAUCACGUUGGUAAACUAACCAUUGUGGUAUUAUAGAAACGUACGAAUAUUUAAAACGAAAUUAUUAUUGGAAAAACAUGAAAACUACAGUUACCGAAUAUAUAAACUCGUGUGAUAUUGGUCAACGAACAAAAUACGGCAGACAUCCUCCAUAUCCACCUCUGGUAAUAACCGAAACAGCAUCAAAACCUUUUCAAAUUGUUCACAUAGAUUCAUUCCUUUGCAACAAUAAAAUAUACUUAAUUAUUAUUGACGCAUUUUCCAAAUUUGCACAAGCAUAUGAAGUUGAAGGCAAAACGGCUAUUCAUAUAAGUAAAGCAUUAAUAAAAUACUUUUGUUCUUUUGGAGUACCAGAAAAAAUAAUUCUUGAUCGUGGUACUGAAUUUAAUAAUGAUACUGUAAAAGAAAUUUUAAAUCUACAUAAAAUAAAAAUACAUUUUGGCACUGUAGGACAUCACGAAUCGAACAGUAUAGCAGAACAUUUUAAUUCCAGUCUAAUAGAACAUCUCAGAAUUCGAAGAGAUGCACCCAAUGAAGAUGAUUUUAUUGACUAUGCAAUCUUUUGCUAUAAAAACUCAAUACAUAGUAGUACUAAAUUCACUCCUUUCGAAUUAACCUUCGCACACACUAAUUCCCGAAAUCCAACGAAAUAGGAAUAAAGUAGAAGUAGAAAUAACCUCAAUAAAAAAUCAAAAUAAAAAGGAAAUAAUACAUAUAAAGGAACUAAAACAACCUCCAACUGUUACAGGUUACACACCCACAUCCACGAGGGAUCAAACCACCUAAGACUCUAUAACUUAAAUAAUAACCCUGGUCUUCUACCUUACAAAUUAGGCAAUGCUCAAAAUAAAAUCGAUUUUUGGUCUUUUAUUGAAACUUUCCGACAUUUUAUAUAUAGUAAAUCAUUUCGAAAUCAUACAAAACCACUUUAAAAGAAUUCAGCAAACAUUUCCAAGAGAUAAAGAUAAAUUGGUCUUAAUUAAUGGAUUUCAAAGUAUAUGCAACCUAAUCUUAAACCUUGAGCAAAAAAUACAAACUCAGUUAAAUCAAAUAAAUCCAGUUUUCAAUAUAAGAAUCAAAAGAGGAUUAAUAAAUGGACUUGGCUCAAUAAUUAAAUCUUUAACGGGCAAUCUAGACCAAAACGAUGCAGAAAAAUACGAUAAAGCAAUUAACACACUUUCUGACAAUGAAUCAAAAUUAAAAAAUAUAGUUAAUUCAGAAAUAACACUUUUUUAACAUUUUUAAAAACAAUACAAACACAUUGACACAAAACCAACAAACGUUAUUGAAACGAAUAGAAGAAAUUGAAACUCAUUACAGACAACCAGAUGGAGAUUAUCACUUUUUUGUCACGGAUAUGCUGGUUUCUCAAAUCACUCCAACUUAUCAAUUGAUUUACAAAAUUCUAGAGAAAAUCGAAGUAGCUAUCACAUUUUCUAAAUUAAAUACAGUUCAUAAUUCAAUAAUUGAACCUAGAGAACUAUUAGAUGAAAUUAAGAUUGUGAAUAAACAAUUGAAAUUUAAUAAGCUUCCAUUUGAACCAAGAGUAGAAAAUAUUCUCUUAUAUGAAAAGGUCACAGAAAUAAAAUGUUAUACCAAGGGAUAUAAAAUAGUAUUUAUCCUAGAAAUUCCUAUAGUAGAAAGCGAAAUGUACAAUUAUUUCCACAUAUACUCAUUACCUGUACCCACUCAGAAUUCCUUCAAAGUAAUUUUACAUCAAGCAAAAUUCCUCAUCCUAAAUGACCUUUCCUAUAUGUUUUUUGACGAGAAUUGUCAAGAAGUCUCAUCCGAACAAUACAUUUGCAACCAGAAUGGACCCGUUAUCAUUCAAGAAGAAACCCCAUGUGAAAUUCAGAUGCUCCACUACUUCAAGAACGUCUCAUCAUGUCAACAGUUAGCUAUCCGAAUGCCAAAAUUACGAAUCCAAAAAUUAGAGAAAAAUCAUUGGAUUCUAAUAUCUCCUGAAAUAAGUGUAGUUAAUCAAAAGUGCGGAUCUAACAAAGACAAUUUUCCAAUUCAGGGAACUUUUAUUUUAGAACUUGACUCGGAGUGUGAAGUGGACAUAAACGGUAUUAAAAUUAAUCAUUUUGAAAAUCAUCAAACCGAACUCAAAUUAAUAAACUUUCCAAAUUUAACGUUUCCAAGUGAAAUAUCAAAAUUUCAAGUGAAACCAAUUCAACUAUAUUCUACCAAUUUAGACGAAAUUAAAACGUAUUCAAAGUGCUUUAAACAUUCAAAAACAGAAAAUCUCAACUAUUUAAUCUCCUAUAAUAUCGGCAAAUUUCUAUAUUUGGACUGUUUUUAUUUAUUUCAUUAUAAUAAUUAUCACUUUGUAUUAGACUGUAAAAUUCAUCCAAGCAAGAAGAACCAGAAGAAGAAGCUAAGGCCAAGAAAUCCAGAAUGGUCCCCAAAAUUUGGAAAUUCAAUAUAUUCCUUGAAUUUCUGUCUAACGGCGGAGGAGUUAUGGGAACGCUUCUAGUAACCUGACACCGCUAGACUGCUGAAUCCCACAGAUACCUUUCAUAUUUCAAUGUCAUAAUUAGAUUUUAUUUAGCUGUCGAGUUGUAAGGUCUCACUUCUAGUUUGUAGAAAUAAAUAUUUUUUAAAAAGUAGUUUCAAUAAACUACAAAUUUAAUUUUUGUCAGCUUUUAUCUAAUAUAUAAAAUUCUGGUGUCGCGGUGUUUGUAAUUGAACUCCUCCGAAACGGCUUGACCGAUUCUCAUGAAAUUUUGUGUGCAUAUCGGAAAAAUAUAUUCGGACAAGUACAAG